GAAGAAAAACUGAAAAACGAUCCGAAGAAAAACCGAAAACAACAAAACAAGGAGUACAGACAGACAGACAGUGUGUGUGUGUUGUGGGAAUUCGUGUGGCAUUGGGUGGCAGUGUGCAGUGUAUUUAUUACAAAAUCAGUGCCUUUGGAAAAUAGGCCCUCGCCAUGGGAACGAAGAUAGAGUACGUCGACUCGAGCCACAUGUACGCGACCAACUACAUCAGGAACUCGAAGGCGAUCGCGGUGCUCUGGGCGAUCUUCAGCAUUUGCUAUGCGAUCAUCAGUGUUGUCGCCUUCGUCACGCCAGAAUGGGUCGGCGAUUCGGACUCGGAUGCCGGCGGACGGCUUGGCCUGUGGCAAAUCUGCCAGAAAGAUGACCUGAAAGACAGCUGCAGCGGUAAACUGGAGAACUUGCUCGCGAUGCAGUCAAUCGCCUUCCAGGUGGCUACGGUGUUCUGCGGUUUGGCUGUUGCCACAUCGGUGCUGGCAAUCUGCUGUCUUCUGCUGAUGGUGUUUAUGAAAUCAACCACCGUCUUCCACAUCUGCGGUUGGAUGCAAAUGCUUUCCGCUCUCUGCAUGGUGAUCGCCUGCGUGUCGUUUCCCUUCGGGUGGAACUCGGAUGAGUUCAGGAAGAUCUGCGGUCCGGAAUCGAACCGCUUCGAAGCCGGUCUGUGUGGCCUGAGAUGGGCCUAUCCGCUGGCAAUUAUCGCUUGCAUCGAUGGAUUUAUCUUAGCAACGUUGUCGUUUAUCCUAGCCACACGCCACGUUCGGUUACAACCGGAGCCGCAGUAUCAGAGCAGCAUGUACAAGGGUGAAAUUAACAACGCCUACGUCACGGAUGCCGUCAGCAUCGCCGGUUCGCGCAAGUCGUUGAACCUGCAGCCGGUUCUGCUGGUAGCGCCACCCCAUCACCACAUGAUGACCGGCAACGACACCCUGUCCAGCCGGGCAGCCAGCCGAUACGGAGCUCCACGGCCGGACUACCACAGCUCGCUGCAUCAGUUCCAGCUGUAAAGGCCAACGGACGAUGGACUUUUAUUCCUGAAUUGAACUAAAGCCGGAUUGCAGUUGUUGAAGCCCGGCGAACGCGCUGUAUAGAAGAUAGACUGUUUG